GGUAGUGCAAUUAUUACAACUAUCGCAUAGGGGCGUUGUUUGACUGCUCUUUCCCGUCAUCCAAUGCGGAGGGUAGCGUUCUUUCAUUUUCCAGGGAAACAGACACAGGUGGGACGCCGGGUUUGAAAUUCCCGCUUUCCAAAAUUGCAAAACACACCCCUCAAUCGAAUCAACGAUGCUGGAACCACCUGGAAUCAUGUGAUACCAGGUAGAAUCCACAACAGAAUCCAACACAUCAUGUUGAACUGAAGGGAAGGCAGAAGACCAACAUGGCCUCGCAGUUUGAUUCAGGUGCUUUUGACGGAGGGCUCGGUGCUCCCCUGGGUAUGGGGAUCUCAGGUGGCCCUUCCCUGGGGUAUGGGGACCUGUCGGGCACACACGGUGCAGCCCUGCCCAGACUGGCCUCAGAGACAGAGCUGCAGAAAAUGCUGACCGAUGAGAAAAUGAGGAGUGAACAACACAAGACGAACUACGAGACACUGAAGGCUGAACACACCAGGCUGCAGGAUGAGCACAUUCUGCUGCAGGAACAGUUACGUGGCCUGCGGGAGUCUCACACCAGUGUACAGGCCGAGUGUCAGACGCUGAUCGCUCAGGCUCGACUGGAGGUGUCCCAGAAAAUAGCACUGAUAGAGGAGCUCAAGUCACAGGUCAUGAGCUCCCAGAGACUUGAGAUGAUCCGUGUCCAGGUUCGGGAGGAGGUGGAGGGUCCGUACAGGGAGCGCAUCUCCAAACUGGACGGAGAGCUGGACAAACUACGGACAGAGAUGAACCAGCUACGCUACGAGCACUCCUUCCUGAAGUCCGAGUACGAACAUCAGCAGACCGAGCACAAACGCAUCGUAGAGGAGACAACUCUCAAGUAUGAAGCAGAGAUCAUGGACCUGCGGAAGGACCGCGAGGCUAUCCUGGCCCGUCAGCAGGAGGAGGAGGACCACGACUCACAGCGGGUUCGUACGCUACAGAAGGAGAACGCACAGCUGCAUCUGAAGGUCAAAGGUCUGCUGACAGAGCUGGAGGAGAUCCGAGCCCAGCGGGAGUCCUCAGGGAUGCAGUCUGACCACGUGUCCAGACUACAGGCCAAACAGCUGGCAGAGACAACAGCCUCUCUUAGGGCUGCAGAGAGUGAGAAGCAGUCCCUGAAGAUGCGGUGUGAGCGGCUGCAGCAGGACCUGGACGCGGCGCUGGACCAGCAGAGUAAGCUGUCCUCCCAGCUGGGUGACGUCCAGCGGGAACACAUGGCCAUCCGACACAAGUACGACGAGAUCUCACAUAAACACAAACUGGAGGUGACAAAUAUGAAGAUGGAGACAGUGAAGAGGACAGGAGAACUGGAGAGAGAGCGGGACCAACUCAGGAGUGAGACAGAGGGAAUCCGCACCCAGCUGGAGGUUCUCCAGCAGACCAUCGAGCGUCAGAGCGCCGAGCUGGCAGACAAGGAGCGGGAGCUGGUGCGCAGGGUGCAGGCCGCUCGGGACGAGGAGGGCGAGAAACUCAUCAAGCUGCAGACAGAACAGAUGGAGAUGGACGCUAAGAUGGCUGAGAUGGAGAGACAGCGGCUGGAGGACGAGUCCACCAAGAUGGCGGAACGGGAGCGAGCCGAGGAGAAGGUCAACGAAGCCAUGAGGAGGAAGGACGCUGCUGAGAGAGAGGUCCAAGAGCUCAAUAGCAGACCACGAGAAAUCCAGCCCACAGUCACUACUGUUACGAUUCCCAGUAUUGAAAGGUGGUCAUUCUCCCUCUGCAUCUCCAGGGGCAGGGUCCAGCAGCAACAGUCCAUCCAGAGGGAAGCAGAAACCGAGCGAGCCAACAACUCGGAGCUGCGGCAGAGACUGCAGGAGGCGCAGGCACAACUCAGGAACAUGUCCGGAGCCGAGCACGACCUGGCCGCAGAGAACCGCUCGCUAAAACAGGCCGUGGACAGGCUGAAGGAUGAGCUGCGGGCGGCACGUGAAGCGGCGGACAAGGCUCAGACGGAGGCGACUAAAGGCGUGAACGAGAAGCGUCUGGCGUGGCUGGAGGAGAGACAGGCGCUGGAGCGACGGGUGGAGGAUCUGGAGAGGGAACUCCAGGCACAGAGUCAGAAACUGGACCAGUCUGUCCAGUAUCAGAGGAAGCUGAAGAAAAACUGUUCCCGAGUUGUGCAGAAGUUGAAGAGCAGACUGAAGAUUGUAGAUGCCAGACGUGAGGAGGCUGUUCUGGAGAGGGACAAACUCAAGGGCAACGUACCAGUGGAGACGUACAACCGCCUGAGGAAACAGUUCCGAGACUUCAUCCGCAAACACAAGGAGUUCAGCAUGAUCGUAGCUGGCACCGGCGGGCUGCACGAGAUAUCCAUCGGGGGCCUCUCGUUCGCCUCCGCCACGCUACCGCUGGACACGUCCCUGCCUUACGUGAGUUUUAUCGAACAGGAGAGACAGCACCAUAAGGAGCUGUCCAUGGUGAGACAGCGGCUGGACGAGCUGGACGACCUUCAGAAACAGCAGAUGGACGUGCUGACGGGACAGGGCCCGCCACCACGCGACGAGGAGGAGGAGAAGAAGGACGGGGAGCGCGCCUUCAUCGACGUGGACAAUCUCGAACUGUAGGGGCUCUGCAAUAUGGCGGCGCAAUAUGGCGGCCUGGUCAUGUCACAAUGCAAAUAUACUGGGUAAUAUUGCACCAGCAUGUUGGCAGAACGUACUGCAUCUGUGCGAGUCCCAUAAUGUACCGGUAUUGUGCAUAGCACUUCAGCAGAACAUCUCAUAUAAAGUCAUAUUCGUGUGCUGAUUAACAUCCA